CUUGGCAAACUAUGCGAACUAUUAACUAAUUUUACACGUUUGUUUACGAUUCAAAAGAUUAGAUUUUUGGACAUAAGUUUCAAAAUGGAUCAUUGAACGUUUAAUGUUUGCUUAAUAGACAUUUGUGUGUCCAAAGACUUUGUUUUCUUAUUAUUGUGGACUUGUUGGGACUUGUGAUCAAUGUGAUGGCCAGUGAUUUUGACAAAUAAUGCUUAAUAACCGCUGACCGUGGUGCUUAAAGUGAUUUGAAAGAAUUUUUAAAGAUGAAACUAUUAGAAGUUAAAUUGAAGUAUAUUCUGCGAAUACCAUUGUUAUUUGCUCUCUUAGCAUUUUUUUCUUGUGUAAUUUUGUCAAUAGUCAACAACUUUGAAGCAUCCACAAAAACCCAUUGUAAUGUACCAAAUUAUUUGCCUUCAAUCAGUGCAUCUAUUGGAGAUUUUAAACCACAGACUUAUAUAUGGAGGAUAUGUAUUGCCCUUCACUGUUUUCCUCGUAUCAUGAUGUCAAUUCUCUAUUACAACUACUAUACCAUCAAGUUUGGUGAUAGAACAUCAAUGAAAUUCAAAGUAGCAAAUGCAUUUAAUUCUCUUCUGACAAUAAUUGAAAAUCUUGCUUUAUUGAUCCUUACUUAUGUAUCAUCAUCAGAAAAUUUUCAAAUUCAUCGAAAUGCAUUCAUUACAUUUAUGUUGUCAUCUAUGAGUUACAUGCUUUCAACAUCGUUCUUGUACAAGUGGACUUCAAGCACGCCAAUGACAAACGAUGAAAUACAAUCAUUAGAAGAAAAAUCUAUCUUAUGAUAACAAACUACAGUUCCUUUUCUCUUGCUGUUUAUUUUUAUUGUCGUCACAAUUGGUACUGUGAACCUGGAAUUUAUAGUUUCUUUUCGCUCUGUGAAUAUGUCACUGUCGUUACAAACAUUUGGUUUCAUUCUACUGCGGUGGAUGAUUUGAAAGGACUUUAUUUUAUAAUCGGACAUUUGCGUGCUAUUUAAUGAAAUGAAUCGUAAAAUUUUGACUUA